AUGUCACCAUCAAGAAACGGUAAUUUCGAGGACAUUUGUGUGCUCUGUGUCUACAAUGUCGGCAGCUGGCGAGAGCCCUCGGCAUGCAGGCACUAUAAGUAUAUUUAUCAUAUCAUUAACGUAUUGUUUUUAUUUUGUUAUUGUCCACAGGUGCUCAAGGCAGAGAGGUACAGAUUUAAGGUGGUGGUGGAGGAACUGAAGGGAGCCACCACGUCAGAAUACCACACGGCGCUGGUGGCGUUCAUUAACUGUAUCAUCAUCUCCACACCACAGCUCAAGGACAGGAUCAGGAUCAGAAACGAAUUUAUAGGUCUUAAAGUUCUCGAAGUCAUCAAUAGAUUGAGGCAAGAUGCAGUGACGGAUUCCGACUUGGCAGUACAGCUAGAUGUUUUCGACGAGCAGAGAGAGACGGACGAGGCUCAGAUCUCCGGUCCUGAUGGUGUCGAUCUGAGCUCCCAUGUCGACGUGUUCUACGCCAUCCUCAGACAGGUGGUGGAGACGCCUCAAGAGAUCCCCUUCCUCAGCGUCAUGCAGCACCUUCUGAGGAUCGACCCUAAGGAACCAGUAAGUGACGUCAUCUGGGACACGGCGGAGAAGCUACUGCACCGCGCCACCUUACUCGAGGACGCCAAGGACUCCGCCAGACUCCUGAGGGCGCCGUCACAGAAGUCCCUCACUAAAUUGAAGGUGGGUGGGGACGCCUCCAGAUGCCUGUGCUCAUGUCACCGAGAUGAUCCCAAGUCCCGGAAACAUUCCCUCAAUCUCAACCUCAACUCACAGCAGUCACUGUCAACUCUUACGUCGCCUGUGACUGAUCCAUCACCUCUUCCCCCAUCACUACCGGGAGGGCCUCCACCACCUCCUCCUCCACCUUUACCUCCAGGGAGUGGACCACCUCCGCCUCCACCUCCACCAGGGCCUCCUCCACCUCCAGGCGGUCCACCUCCACCACCGCCGCCACCUGGAAGAGGACCCCCACUAGCUCCACCACCACCACCUGGAAGAGGGCCACCACCUCCACCAGGACCACCUCCCCCGCCUGGAGUCUCCACCCAGCGCCGACCAGAACCUGCAGAAGAGAAGGUGCGGCUACCACAGAUGGAGACCCCCAAACCUCGCUCUAAGAUGAAGACCUUCAACUGGAACAAGAUACCCAACUCUAAGGUCCUGGCCAAGAGCAACAUCUGGUCUCUGCUAGCUCAUCAACACAAGGACUCGCCCACUACGGCUCUGGACUGGGAGGAGAUGGAAGGUCUGUUUUGUCAGCAGACCACCUCCACCCCGUCCUCCUCCCCCUCCAAGAACUCCCCCAAAGAUGCCAAAGACGAAGUAGAGAAGAAGAAAAAGGAACCAGCGGAAAUCAACCUCCUAGACGGCAAGCGAUCCCUUAAUGUCAACAUCUUCCUCAAGCAGUUCAGAGUGAGCAACGAGGAGAUAAUGGAGAUGAUACGCAAUGGUGAACACAGCGACAUAGGAGCCGAGAAACUACGCGGUCUCCUCAAGAUACUGCCGGAGACUGACGAGAUGGAGAUGUUGAAGAACUUUGAUGGAGACGUCAACAAACUGGCCAGCGCUGAGAAGUUCCUGUUGAUGCUGAUGGCCGUACCGCAGUACAAGUUGAGGAUUGAGGCCAUGCUGUUGAAGGAAGAGUUCGAGGCUACCAUGGACCAGAUUGAACCUUCCAUCAACGCUGUCAUCUACGCCGGCCGAGAUCUGACCGCUAACCCACACCUUCAGGAGGUCUUGUACAUGGUGCUGGUAGCUGGCAACUUCCUCAACAGUGGAGGGUACGCAGGCAACGCGGCAGGAAUGAAGCUCUCCUCACUACAGAAACUGACCGACAUAAGAGCCAACAAACCGGGCAUGACACUACUGCAUUAUGUGGUCCAGCAAGCAGAGAGACGCGACCCUGAGCUUCUGAAGUUCCCGGAUGAGAUGUCAUGUCUGGAGGAGGCCACCAAGACGACGAUGGACCAGCUGACCAGUGAGAUGAAACAGCUGGAUGCCAGGAUAGCCAAGCUCUCCGUGCAGCUGAACAACCCCCAAACACCCAGGGACAUCACCAACCAGAUGGGCAACUUCCUUCAGGUGGCAUCCAAUGACCUCACUUCACUGAAGGAAGGCAUCGAGGAGGUUGAGAAGGUGAAAGCAGACGUGGCUGAGUAUUUCUGUGAGGACCCAAAUUCCUUUAAGAUUGAAGAGAGCUUUAAAAUCCUCUUUAACUUCUGCUCAAGGUUCAAACAAGCUAUUGCUGAGAAUGAGAGGCGUAGGCAGCAAGAGGAACAAGCCGAGAUCAGGAGACGAACACGAGAGGAAAAUGCAGUGAAACGCCGUUCAUCAUCACAAGUUUCAGGAGGACAACCUCGGCCAGGCUCCUUCAGUGGCUCAGAAACAGAGGUCAAUAUUAUGGAGAAUCUCUUGUCCGACAUUCGAUCUGGUUUUACUCAGAGAAAGUACGCAGAAAUGGCUAUUAACAAGAGUAAAAAAGGAAAGAAGCUGGACUCGUGGCAAAAUGGCGGCAUGACCUCAGAGGACGAGACCUCACUCUGUAAUUCACCCCGUAUGACUCGCCGUCGCAUGGGGUCAUUCUCAGGGCCGACAGCACCCCAGGGAGAUAACCCAGCCAACGAUAAUUCCCCUGAUGUUACACCAAAUGGCAGUCUACGACGAAGAAGGUCCAGGGUCCCAUCAGAGGAGGACGACCAUAAGCUGAUGGAUUACCUACACACAGCUGGUCACGACGGAUCCAGAGAGAGGAAAUCCUGGUCUGGUGUUGCUGAGGGCUAUGGCUCCCUGGAUCGCUCCUUUGCUCGGCGUGCUCGUGGUGGAGGAAGGAAUCGUCCGAGUCUGUUAGCCUCCGAGUCAUCAGAGAGGGAGCGGCCUGCCUCACCCUCCACCACCACCACAGACAAGCCCCAGCCACCUGACCACAACAGACCAAGCAAAAACUGGCGUCAGAAGAUUGAGUCUUGGUUUAAGGAGAAUGAGAAGGAGGAACGUCAGUCUGAUGAACUCAAAAGACGACUUCACCAACACCGUAAAUCCUUGGACCUAGACACAUCACUCGCUGAAGAUGAGGGUGGCGGCAUGGGUGGCAGUGUGGGCGGCAUGGGCGGUGGUGUGGCCUCCCUAGGAACACUUCCGGAAGAUCAACCAUCGGAGGACCACAGAACCGCUGGAGGAGGAGGAGGUGGAGGGUAUCGUCGUGUCUACCAGGAUUGGAGACCCUCAGUAGAGAAGACAGAUGUGGUGAGAGCCAUGGAGGCCAUUGAAGAGGCUCAGUCACCAGUACCGUGUAAGGAGAAGGACAAGUCCCCCUGGCGGAAGAGCAACCUGAACGUGGCCAACUCUAGUGAGGCGACACAGGAAGAUGCCCCAGCACCUUCCUCCACCUCCAACACCACCAUAGCAGCAGCAUCCUCCACCUCUGCCCGGAGACUGCGCAGACUGAGGUCAAGAUCUAACAUUGAGCCUGGGCAGGUCAUUCAGGCAACACAGGGGCUGGAUGAAGAUCUUGAUGGAAAUGCCAGUAGACGAUCCUCACUGAUCCAGACGCUGGGACGUAAUGACUCACAGGACACCCUCAAGCUGUACAUUCGCCGCCCCUCACAGGAGGACCACAAAGCCUCAGCCUCACAAAAUACUGAGAGCUGUGACAGUACAGGUGAGGAUGGUGAGCAGGGUCAGGUUGGCUCCCCCAGGCGUGGGUCUGCCCCAGCAGCCUCCCCACCAGACGAUUCUUCCAUCAGUAGGUCAGAACAACUCCUCCAGAAGUAUCGACAUUCUGUCGAUGUCUCGGCUGACAUCCUUCGUUCUAUUGAACAAGCUGAACCAACACCGAGACGAAGCAGUGAGGAAAGUCGUCGAGAGAAGCGAGUGUAUCAGCGCACCAUGACGCCUUCCAGCCUCCGCUCAGCACUCCAGCAGAGACUCAAGGACAACCUUCAAGCAGUUCACUUAGCGGGCACCAUCCGCUCAUUGGGAGAUGAAACCAAUGAACAGCUGGACGAGGAGGAAGAAGAGGAAGCAGAAUCAAAAGCAGAGAACCGAGGAGAAGACCAAAAAUUAUUGCCACCUUCCAUACCCCGCCACCUGCGCCGGCCGUCACGAGAUGAAGGCAAGUUAGACAAGAUAGAGAUUGACGCUGAGAACAUUGAGACUCCUCCAGUAACUCGGAGGGCUUUUGGGGUGAGAAGUUUCCGCUCGCCUGCUGAUUCUCGAUGGUUGAAUUCCGGCCAAGAGGAAAGUGAAGAUCUUGAUGGGCGUCGGACAGGUCGUCGCUUUCGCAGUUUAACGAGUGAGGAUCGUCGCGCUCUUGUAGGGGAGAAAAAACUAACGUCGGAGGGAGAGUCUGUCAGACAACGUAUCCACUCAGGAAUUGACAGCUCAGAAAAUGAGGGAGCUGGUAGUGAGUUUGAGGAGCGUGGCACAGCACGUCGAUCUCAGCGUUUCAAACGACUGGCUGAUCUUGCCAAAGAUGGUGACAGUGAAACAGAACAAAUGCUUGCCAAGCAGAAAGACCGUCCACUCUCCAUAGGUGAUGAUGAUGGUCUUGGUGAUGGACACUUUGAACGAUUCUCUUCAAUUCGUAAAACACUGAGACACAAAAAGACUCAAGAUAAAGCAGAUCCAAAGUCAAAUGAAGUUCUUGCAGAGGCAACUUCCCGAGUUGUGAAAAACAAUGCAUCUCAAGUAGAGUCAACACAUCCAGAAGGUUCAGGAAGAUGUUCAUCUCGAGCAUCUCCUGACCGUCACACACCUUCUGAGCAAGAGUCAACCAGAGAGAAAAUUCAUACCAAUAUUCAGCAGGCACAAGCCAGUGACCUUACUCAGGAGAGCUAUGAGGAUAAGGACACUCGCCUGAGACGAUGGCAGCGCAUCAAAGAAACUAAAACUGAUGGUGAGGAACGAGGAAGCAAGUCCCGAGAUGCAGAUUCGUGGAGGGAUCGUCUAACUCGACGAUUCCGGUCCAGUGUAGAUAAGUAUGAUGUACAACGAGCCAUGGAUGAUCACAAGAACAAGAGCGGGAAGGAUGAACUCAAACCUCCAACAUCUGAACGACUUUAUCGUAAGAAUAAGGACAGUGUGGCCAGAGGAACUGAAACACGAGGUUCAUUUAGAGCCACGGGUGGUACAAGUGACCCACGUAGAGACCGCAGAGAAAGAACGCGUAGCGCUAUUGAUCCUUCACAAGUCCGCCAAGCUUUAGAUAAGGACAAGGAGAAGGAUAAGAAACGAUCAGUGUUUGGUGACCCAUCUCGAGGAGUUGGGAAGUUGUUCUCUAGACUUGAUAGUAAAGAGCCAUCAAGUCUGCGUCGUGGUGAGGGACGAACGCGGUCCCUCUUGGAUCCUCGAACUAGAAGUCGCAUGAGAGGAAAUUCUACAACUAAGGAAGUGGAUGAAGGAUUUGAGGACACUGGAAGCAUCAAGUCAGAAACAACAAGCCAAGGAGCAUCAUCUACUGGGGAUGUUCCUGAUGCCGCCUCAGACAGGACACAACGAACACCCUCAUCAGUUCGUAAAAAUAAUGAAUUAAGAAUUGAAAGUCAUCUGGGAAGUUUGCGUCGUAGACCAGAUGAACGAAAUAGUUUAAGCGCCUCAAAAAAGAGCGAUAAGUCGGGUUCACGCUCCAGUCUCCGUUCCUCUCGUUCAUCCUUGACCUCCGCAGCCUCUGUUAACACUGUGAGACCUGCAAAACCUCCUUCUAAGUCACCCAGCACUGCCAGCAUAAUCAGUAAUAAAUCAGAUGCAAGUAGUCGAGCUCGUGGAAAAAUGAAUGAUUACACGUCUGCCCUCAAAAGUUUAACCAUUAAAAGUUUGCGAAUGAACCGGGGCAAUGGUGAAGAUUUUGAGACUACCCAGAGUUCACCGUGCAGCCCAAAGCGUGAAGCUGGUCAACCUUCAUUCCCAGAUGACCGCACUAGGUCCUCUGGGUCCCUCCACAGCUCUGGGGGCGUCACACCAACUCGUCCUCUCUCCCGGGCUGACUCUACACGGUCGACUGGUUCCCUCAGUAAGCAGUCAAGUGAAGGUUCUCUCAAGCGAGGAUCUACACGAAAUAUCAAGUCUUCUACGCGCAUCACCAAUAACAAUAACAGAACAAAACGACCCCUGGCACCUGCUCAGGUUCGCACUGGUACGACUGCUGGCAACCGCAAUCGGAAUAUAAGCGGGUCAAGCGGGUCACUCCGGAAAUCGCCAGGAUCGACACCCAAUUCAUCAGUUAAAGUAAAACGUGGAGAUUCAGGAAGUUCAAAAGAGAAUCUCUCGCGUUCUAAUUCUGGCAACAGCCGGGCGGGAGGAACUUCCCGCACUACUCCUCGUACUACUCCUUCCCCGUCAAAGCCUCUGAUGGAUCGUUCCUCGAGCUUCCGUUCCUCACCACCCAAACCAGAGUUAGGUCCCAGAAGAUCUACGGGCAGUACAUCAAGUAAGAGCAACUCACCGAGGAAGGGAGGUAAUCUUCCAGCAUUUAUGAGACCCACAACAUCAUCUUCCUCCAAGGUGAGUGCCAGUGACGCCCCACCCACCACCACACCCAUUAAGAAGGUGAAAGUGGUGUCGCGCAACAUAACACUUGCCACACCCCGUCCCAUGGUUAAGUGAGUGACUCCUUCAACCCUCACAAAUAUAUAAGCCUAAUUAUUAAUUUUAGUGGUUAGCUCUCAAAGGGCUCUUGUCAGGGGGCUCUUGUCAGGGGGCUCUUGUCAAAGGGCUCUUGUCAGUGGGCUCUUUGUCAAUGGGUUCUAUGGACUUUAUCAUGGAUUUAGUUUGUCCUCCAGAUCUGAAUUCAUCAGUCAGUAGGUCUGAUGUUGUAGAGAAUAUGACACACGAGGCGGACUAUGUUGAUGACUAGAUUGUCUCCAACAGUAGGUAGACCUUGUCCUGUAGUGGACUGGACCUGUGAAGCUUUGUGCCAUGUUAGUGUUACCCCUCUACCAUGGCACCUCUGACCUACCCCUCUACCAUGAUGGCACUAACUUACCCCUCUACCAUGGUGCCACUGACCUG